AUGUCCUGUAAAGGAAUAUCAGAAACAAGUAGACUUUGGAGAAAUUUGUUUGAAGGGUAUUCUCAUAAUCUCAUUAGACGAGGAGAACAUUUUUGUAUCAAAUCGCUGAAUACUUCAUUAACUGCUGAUGGAAUUGUCAGUAUUUCAGAAACUGAGUUUGAAAGUUUUGGAAAAGUUUAUGAAUCAUCAAUGACAGUCAGUACCGAAUAUUUUCAAUCAAAAUCAAAAAUACUUUGUGCAAUUGACUUGCUCAUCUCGGAACCAACUUUUCCAAAUGACUGUCAGUCAGAAUCAUGGAACCAAACUCCAUGGCUUGGAAAACAUUGUCAAAGCUUUAUUGUCUAUGUCCGAAAAAAAAAAUUACGUUUAUACUUUGUUGUUCCUGAAGAUAUCUAUGUGAUUUCAUAG